UUGCUGCCAGUGGUUCAAGCAUAUAAGAGCUGUUCCUGUUUCAAUGUUUGCUUCAAUGCUUGCCAUAAUAUCGAUGUUUUUAUUUUUUCCAGAAUUCGAUAUAGAUACGAUUUUGUAACUGUGUAAACAGAUUUACAAAUCACGUCAAUGUUCGCCAUAGAACACUCACCUCAGUUAUUCAGUCAGCUGGCAUUUAAUGUUUAAUCUUGUGGAACCACCCCGGCCCACAACAAUAUGAAAUUAAUCUAUUCUCACAAUCCUGAGCUCAAUACAAUGGCACAGUAAUGAUCGUAAUUAUUAUUCUGCAGUCAUAUCCACUUAAAUGAUUUCAUGUGGAAGCCAAUUAACUGCUGUUUCUGCUGACCUGUCAAUGACAAAUGUCAAUGUCAAUGAUCUGUCAAUGACCUGUUAUAUCCUGUUGGCCCGUGGGUUCCGAAAAAAAUAGGUUUUUAGAUGAAAGGUGCGACUUGAAUACAUCACGAAGUGCUUGUCAUAAAAAUACUUACAAACAGAAGCAAGCAAAUUAGGUGAUGGCUGAAACGAGGUGGCAAAACCAGGCAUUUGAUUAAAAUUGCUCUAUUGUUAACUGAAAUGUCAGCUGGAAUUCGUAAUGUAGGAUAUUAUGGAUGGUACCAAUCUAUGCAUUGAAUGCUUGGCUGGCGAUGAGGUUCAAUAGCGCAGCUAUCUACCUCGACACGCUACGCGAAUGCUACGAGGCGUACGUCAUCUACAAUUUCAUGGCGUAUCUGCGCAACUUCCUCGUGAUGGAAUACGAUUUGGAGGCGACGUUAGAGAUGCGUCCACAGGUGCAGCACAUCAUGCCUGCUAACUGGAUCCUUCCCGUGUGGAGAAAUGGCAGGGAUUUUAUUCACAAUUGUAAACACGGAGUUCUGCAGUAUACCGUGGUGAGACCAAUAACAACAGGCAUUUCAUUAAUAUGUGAGUUGGCAGGAGUCUACAAGGAAGGUGAAUUCAGUGCAACAUCUGCAUGGACUUACUUGGUGUUUAUUGACAACAUAUCACAAAUAUUUGCACUCUAUUGCCUGGCCCUGUUCUACAAGGCAUGCAAGGAAGAACUGAGCCCUAUCAGUCCACUUGGCAAGUUCCUGUGCAUCAAAGCUGUCAUCUUUGCAACAUUUUGGCAGUCGUUCCUUCUACAAAUAUUAGUAUCGACAGGCCUAAUUCCAAACAAACCAGAUUUGUAUUUUUAUGAUGCAAGUUCCAUUGCAACUGGUCUUCAGGACUUUCUCAUCUGCAUAGAGAUGAUGCUGGCCGCAGUAGCACACUACUAUGCAUUCAGUCAUAAGCCGUACGUGGAUCUGGCAGCCGAGCCCGUGCCUUGCUGCGAGGCCUUCUUUCAGAUGUUGAACGUGUCAGACGUCAAGGCAGACGUGUACGAACACGUUAGAGUUGUCGGCGGCACGGUGAAGCGUACGAUUGGCCGGGGUCCGGCAGCCGAGUCGGGCACGAUGGACGAACGCAGCGGCCUGCUCGACACGCACGCUAACGACUACGAGACGUCAUACAUAGCCAUUGAAGAGGCGUCAAACUUUAUCGGAGACGGGCAGGGGAGGGUGGUCGCUCGCCGCCUGGACGUGGGAGGAUUGCAGGAUGCGCUAUCGUCGGACAACGAAGAGCCGGAAGAUCUGAGUUCCGAUUUUCAAGAUCGGGGGAGAUAUAGUCAAUGCUGAUGCAACAUAUGUAGUGAUCGUGCUUAUAUAUGUAACGAGCCCUCACUAUUACAAUGAGCAUAUAUUUAUAUAUAUAUAUAUGUUCAUGCUGAUACUAACCAACAUGGGAUAGUGGCUUUUUUGGGUAAAUUAAAUUUGUCAUAUUAUGUAGCCAACUCCCAUCACUCUGUAUCAGGGGCCACGAACAGUUUGGAACUGAGAAAUUGGGUAAUCGUUUGUCAUUGCUGUUUGGCAGUUUUUUAUGGGAUAUGAAUUUGCAGAAGAGCUGGUGGUUACUGUGCGACGUACUUAUUUGAGGGGGUAACAGGUUUUUUUCGGAACGCAUAAUUAGACCAGUUUACUUACCUGGGAACAGGGAAAUACCAUAUAAGUUUUUUGUGGUUUGAGAAUGGUACCAGUAAACCAGUAUGCGGGAAAGCCGAAAUAACCAUAUCCGAAAACUGGGAUGUGACAUAUUUUUUACCUGGAAAUGGACCCCGCCCCAUCUCCAUUCCCACUCUUCCUUGGUGCUUAUGGUCGUGUAAUUGCAUCAUGCAGACGGCAGAGUAAUUCCAAUAAAGCAAGCCGUGAAAUCCCAUUUUUUACAUGCAUAAAUGUAAUGUGCACAAACGUUCAUCUUGAAAGCAAUGGUGAAUCUUAUUAAUAUAAAUUUAAUUGUACAUACUGUUUAUUUUUGACCUGGAAAGGUGUACCAAGUUUGUCACCACGCACAUGGUGCUGCCUUAUAUUAUAGGUCAUUGUUACAUAGGGAUUACCAAAUGUAUUACAUAUGGUUGUAUUAAUGAUAUAAUUAUAUUCUACACAAGUUUUAUGUGCAUUCACGUAUAGAUACUCAACUUAUAGGUACAAGUCAGUAUACUUUGCAUAAAUUAUCAACAUAUUUAUCAUAAAACUCUGUUGUCUGGCUAUGUUGCCAUUGUGAUCAUUAGUAGAAAUAAUUGCACAAUACUGGCGUAUGUGCAAAAAUGCAAGAAUGUAUUGUGGUGAAAUUUGUUCAAUAACCAUCUGUGAUUGUUUUGUAUUAAUAUGUAUGUAGUCAUUAUACUUGUAAAUAAUUGCAAACUUAUUUAUCAUGUAAUCCUAUUUUAUGAAGUACUUUAUUCAAUUGUUUAACUUCAUCUAGGAUGCAGAGUACCAUAUGUACAAAUUUGAUGAGCUGGUCCUUUACUAUGAAUGCACUCAUAUCGGGUUUCACUGGAUUUACAUAAAAUAACCGAGUCUCCCAA